AUGGAAACUGCACCCGUAAAUUUCAAAGUUAACUGUUCCGAAGAGCCAAACGUUCUCCGUCGUCUCACCCUUCCAAGUGUUGCUGACGUUUCUUAUUCAGUAUUAUAUUCAAAGCUGUCGCAUGUAUUUAAUAUCAAAGAAUUUAAGAUUCGUUAUACCGACCUCGACGGAGACCAGAUUGUGAUUGAAAAUGAUUCUGAUUUGAGAGAAGCUAUCAACUACUUUAGUAGUCACAGUACCAAUAGGAAGUCAGUCAUCAAGUUGAGUUUGGAUAAGGUAAAUACUGCGCCUCAAUCAUCGUCCACCGAAGCUGCCCAGACCUCCAAUAACGAAAGAGUUCAGAACGAUGAACAAUAUAAUCAAGAAGAAUUUCCUUUUGAGAAAGUGAUCAAUGUUAGCAUAAAGACCGUACAAGAUAUGGUGCAUAACUUUGUCAGUCAACUUAGUACGGCCAUAGAAAGGGAUUUGUCAAAUUUGAAUCUGAAUGUGUCUGAACAAUCGCAAUCGCAACAAACGACCAGUAAUGAUGGAGGAUCAACAAAUGCUUCCAGGGAUACGACACGAGCUCCAAGUUUUGUGGCUUCUACCGAAAACCGAAAAGUUCCUGUGCCUGGCUCGCAUAAAUAUUCUGAGCCAGUGGUUCACCAUGGGGUGAUUUGCGAUAAUUGUGAGUCAAUUAUUCGUGGAACCAGAUGGAAGUGCGCAAAAUGUCCAAACUAUGAUCUUUGCCAGGCGUGUAAACCAAAAUCACCACAGAUUCAUCGUCACCCAUUCCGACAACUUCCUUUCCCAAUUAAUCCACAUAAUCAUUUUAGUAAUUCCCUCACUCAACAUUCCGCAACCUGCGAUUAUUGUGAGUCAGUGAUCGUUGGUAUUCGCCACAAGUGUAUUAACUGCCCCGAUUUUGACUUAUGUCAGAAUUGUAUUGCGCUCGCACCCACACAACAUCCAUAUCAUACAUUUAUGCAAAUUCGCCGUCCUGGUGAGCCUGAAAUUAAAAUUCUUGAUACCGCAUUCCAUCCUGGAAUAAGAUGCGAUGGUUGUGGAAAGCCGAUUAAUGGUGUUAGAUACAAGUGUGCAAACUGUCCCGACUUUGACCUCUGUGGAAAUUGUGAGUCAUCACCCGUCAAUAAGCAUAAUCCUGAUCACGUUUUCAUCAAGUUCAGAAGGCCCGUACCAUCACCUCUUUCUGCCACCGCUCCUCUACUCCCAAAUUUCUAUUCCAGUUCAGAGCCCAGAAUUUGUCGAACCAGAUAUAGACCAUCACCUCAACAAAAGGUUGUUAAUAAGGAAAUGGAAGAAUUAUCUAGUAAAUCUUCCGAAAAAACCAACCAGAACAGAUUCAUUCCUAUUACUAGAUCUGUUAACAUUGGGCCUUCAACUGAAUGUCCCGUCGUUAGCAGAGCACCCGUAGACCUUUAUAAGCUUCCAGAAUCGUUAAAUACAUCUUCGUCCUCACUUGCCAGGAGUCAAAAACCACACGUUCAAAUUCCCGCAAUUUCUCCUGUAUCUGACGUAUUCACUCCCACAAAUACCAUUGCAUCACAAUCUACUGUGGAGGAAACUAUCUCUGAAACGGAACAACAGAUUAAAUCUGUGCCAAUCUUGAAUGCCUCAUUCAUCGAGGAUGUUAACAUUCCCGAUGGUACUGUACUUGACCCACAGACCCAAUUCCAUAAAGUCUGGAGAAUUCUUAAUAAUGGAGAUCUCAAUUGGCCUGAAAGCACCACUUUGCAACAUAUUGAAGGACCGCCCAUGGUCUAUGAAACGAUGACUUGUUCUGAAAAUGGAAAUUUUGAGGUCAAAGUUGGUCCACUUGAAAUUGGGAAAUCUAGCUGCGUUGCGGUCGACUUCAAAGCCCCUUCUGAACCUGGAAGAUAUGUCUCGCAUUGGCGUUUAACUGAUGGCCAAGGAAAUGUAUUUGGUGAUCAAGUUUGGUGUGAAAUAAUCGUAGAGAGUGAUGAACAGAGUUCCAACAUGUCUUCAUCUUCCAUGAUUUUCCCUGUUUUGACCUAUGAACAGAAAUCAGUAUCUGAACAAUCCAAUUCUGCAUCGGCGCAAUUAUCUUCAAUUCCUAAUUCAAUUGACUCCUCUGAAGUUAAUCGAGUUCAGAAUGAUGAAGAUGAUCCUUUCCAAGAUCCCGUUUCUCCUGCCUCGACUGUUGCCGAGUUAGUGAAAGAUCAGAUGGAAAUCGAAAAUAGUUCUGAAUUUGAUUCCGACGAAGAAUCUGAAAUUUCUUCAAUCGCUAGUGAUGAUUCCUCUCAAGAAUUUAUAGUUGUGGAAAAAGAUUCUGAUGAUGAAAUGGAACUUUCUCAAUCUCGACAAUCUUUGUUGGGUCGUCAAGCAUCUGGUGAAAAUUCGCAUGUUAAUCGAUCGAAGGUAUGA